AUGAGCUCUCCAGUACAAAUCACUCCUCAACCUCAGACCGGUGGCGUUGCUCGUCCAUCUGAGUCUACAUCUCCACAGACUCUCGACAUUGUCCGAUGUUCCCGCUGCCAACAAUCUCUCAGCCUAGGCCAAUCAGGCGGUAGCAUCGUUCAAUUCGGUAUGAACUCCUACUACUGCAGCCGCUGCGCAACCAAAGUCGGCUUCGGAGGGUGA